AAAUCAUGUAACCAAUCGUAUGGUUUUAAUAUUCUUUAAUUCGUUGUAAAGUGCAUGCAGUGAUUUUAUUGAUGAAUGCGAUUGUUCAGGGAAAAGAGAAUAAUAGUAACCUAGAUGACAAAAAAACUCAGCCGUACAUACACACAUGAAUACAAUACAAACCAGACACUACAUAUUCACAUGUCACCCGCCUUCAAGCAGUACUCUUUUUUUCCCUACUAUAUACUGCUAUUAUAACAAAAAAACAUAUAUGGAACUUACCACAGCUCGGGUCAACGAUAUAAAAUGCAAUACUUUCCCUAAAUAACAUACCAAAUGAUCGAUCAUAGAAUGCACACCCUACAAUCUAACUAGAGAUUCCUAUUUUUUGCUAUUUCAGACAUAUUGCACAAACAUAUGUGGAUAGAUAUAAUCAUACCGAACAAUUCAGCUAGAUAGAUGUCUAUAUAGUAAAAGCUGCUCUUGUAUUGAUUUGUCCUGCAUAAACGACCGACCGAAACGGUGCGUUUCCCGAUGAUAAGGUUACCACAUACUUACACGGCUCUCUGUAUUGACUCGUCUCUUUCUUUCCACAUCCCUCUCUUUGUCUCGUUUCUCUCUGUUCUUCACUUUUCAGAAUAUUAAAUACAUAAAAUUAAUUAAUCAACGUGAAAAUACAUAAUAUUAUGGACAUGUCGUUUUCGUCACCUUCUCUACGCUUUUUAUUCUUUUUGUUUCCUUAUGUGUCAUGCAAAACCACAAGAAGAAGAGACUAGCUAGUAACACAACUUCUCUCUAAACCGGACCCAAAUGACCAGAACGGGGAUCAUAAGCCCGACCCGGUUCCCUUCUCUCAAAUCCCAACGCUGCGGCAGCGGCGGCGACGCUAGCUUCAUGGAACAGCUCCUCCUCCACUGCGCCACCGCCAUCGACUCCAACGACGCGGCACUGGCUCACCAACUCCUUUGGGUCCUCAACAACAUUGCCUCACCCGACGGCGACUCCUCCACCCAACGACUCACAUCUGCCUUCGUGCGCGCGUUGCUCUCACGUGCCGUCUCCAAAAUCCCCACACUCUUCUCCACCUUCGGAAACACCGUCUUCCAACCGCCGGCAGAUGAAAUACACCGGUUCUCAGUCGUGGAGCUCGCCGGGUUCAUCGACCUAACUCCGUGGCACAGGUUCGGAUUCAUCGCGGCCAACGAGGCGAUCUUAACCGCCGUGGAAGGCUACUCAACGGUUCACAUCGUUGACCUAAGUUUGACUCACUGUAUGCAAAUCCCUACUCUCAUAGACGCCAUGGCAACCAAACUCAACAAGCCACCGCUUCUCAAACUCACCGUCGUCUCCUCCGCCUCCAACUUCCCGCCAUUCAUCAACAUCUCCUACGAAGAUCUCGGUUCAAAGCUCGUCAACUUCGCCACCUCGAGAAACAUAGAAAUGCAGUUCACCAUCAUCCCUUCAACGUACUCCGAUGGCUUCUCCUCCCUCCUCCAACACUUACGGAUGUACCCUACUUCCUACAACGAAGCUCUCGUCGUUAACUGCCACAUGAUGCUCCGUUACAUCCCCGACGAAACCCUAACUCCAUCAUCACCAUCUUCUUUAUCUCUCCGAAACGUGUUCUUGAACCAACUCCGAUCCCUGAACCCCACAAUGGUAACCCUAAUCGAAGAAGACGCAGAUCUCACGUCGGAGAAUCUCGUCACGCGGCUGAGAUCGGCGUUUAACUACUUCUGGAUCCCUUUUGACACGACGGACACCUUUAUGAGCGAGCAGAGGAGGUUGUACGAGGCGGAGAUAAGCUGGAAGAUAGAAAACGUGGUGGCCAAGGAAGGUGUGGAGAGAGUUGAGAGGACGGAGACGAAGGGACGGUGGCUUGAGAGGAUGAGAGAUAAUGAUUUCGGUGGAGUUAGGGUUAGAGAAGAGGCGGCUUCGGAUUUGAAGGCGAUGCUAGGGGAGCACGCCGUUGGAUGGGGAAUGAAAAAGGAUGAUGACGACGAGAGUCUUGUGCUGACGUGGAAAGGUCAUAGUGUUGUGUUUGCUACCGUUUGGGUUCCAAUGUAGUUGGGGUUGAUUUGGUUUUAGAUUUAACUACCGGUUAUGAUUGGAUUUUAGUAUUUAGGAUUGCUGUAUUUUGCGUUAUAUAUAAUUUUAAUUAUGAAGAAUUAGGAUUUUGGACUAACAACUAAACCAUAUAUAUGAGUCAAGAAGCAACUUUAUUGUAGGAAACAAAGCAGUCAAGAACAUAACAAAGUCAGUGACUGGUGUUACAAACUCAAUUCAA